AAGGAAGUUUAUCGAUGCUUCUCUAUUGCGAUGCUGCCUGGAAACGACAAAAAGAGUGCCAAUUAUGGUGGCAAGGUUUUCAUGCCACCGUCUGCCUUGGCUAAACUAUCAAGUCUACAUAUUGAGUAUCCCAUGAUAUUUGAAAUCAAGAACAACUCUCUACCCAACAAGACGCAUGCAGGUGUUUUGGAGUUUAUUGCUGAAGAAGGGCGUGUAUAUAUUCCAAAUUGGAUGAUGCAAACCUUGCUACUACAAGAAGGACAGUUGGUUCAAAUGAGAAGUACUUCUCUCCCAUUGGGAAAAUUCGUUAAAAUCCAACCUCAAUCUGUAGCAUUUCUAGACAUCACCGAUCCAAAAGCAGUUCUUGAACAAGCAUUUCGAUCCUUCACGACACUGACUCAAGGAGACAUCAUCUCUAUCAAUUAUAAUGACAAGCUAUAUGAUAUUUUACUAAUGGAAACUAAACCAGACGGCAACGGUAUUUCCAUCAUUGAGACAGAUCUAGAGGUAGACUUUGCUGCUCCGUUAGGAUACGUUGAUCCUGAA